AUGAGGCCAGGGACAGGUCAGGUGGGCUCUGAGGCCCCCUGGGGGCAGAGACCUGGCUCCAAGUCAUACUGGCCCCUGCUGCUGCUGGGCUUGGCUGUGGGUGCCCAGGGCCGGCUGCCCCCCGAGACAGUAGCCCCACCGAACAGCACCCCAGAGCCCAGAGCCCCAGCAGGAAGCAGCUCUCGGAGCCUGUGGGACAGGUUCCUAUUCUGGCCCGGGCCCCAUGGGGCAGGCCCCAGGUGCUGGCCCGGUGGGUUUUGGCCCGAAACUCAGUCACCCUGGUAUGUUUUCAGUGACGGAACCCAGCUCACCGUCCUAGGUCAGCCCAAGUCAACACCCUCGGUCACACUCUUCCUGACAUUCUCUGAGAUCACGGCCAACGAGGCCACCCUGGUGUGCCUCAUCAGUGACUUCUACCCCAGCGGCGUGACGGUGGCCUGGAAGGCAGACGGCAGCCCCAUCACCCAGGGCGUGGAGACCACCAAGCCCUCCAAACAGAGCAACAACAAGUACGCGUCCAGCAGCUACCUGAGCCUGUCGCCUGACAAGUGGCAAUCUCACAGCAGCUUCAGCUGCCUGGUCACGCACGAGGGCAAAACCGUGGAGAAGAAGGUGGUCCCCUCACAGUGCUCUUAGGUCCCCGACACCCUCCCCCACCCAGCGGGGCCUGGAGACACAGGACCUCCAGAACGAUCUACCCACCCCCAGGGUCAUCCCAACCCUUCUCCCUGUAUCCAGUCAAUACUCAAUAAAAUGCUCUUUAUUCAA